GGCUGCUUUGGGCUAGUGUCUUUCUUCGAAACCCCGCCGAACGCCUUCAACUCAACAUCAUUGACAAGUCAUAUGCUAUAGCAUAAUCACUGACAGGUAGAUGCACUCCUGGCUUAAAAUUUUCUCCUCUUUACUUCCCCAUCGGGCCGAACUAUAUCACGCAAACUCAAGUACCGAUCCGAGCGGGGUACAUUUCCCGCCACCUGGCAUUGCAAAUCCUUAAUAAUGUCCCAAAGACAUACUAAUCAUCAAUCCUUCAACUCCUAAGCGGAUUAAUAAGAUCUUCCACCCUCAUCCAUCCCUUCCACAACCCCUCUACAUACCGCUCACCCCACCACAACAAUGGCCGCAAAGUCUUUCCGCGAACUCCUCGGCAUACGCCCCAACACCGCCUCCCCCACCGACUCCGCCCUCAUUAUCAUCGACGCGCAAAACGAAUACGCCUCUGGCGCACUGGCCGUCACCAAUGCCGAAUCAAGCGGAAAAGCGAUCGCCGAGCUGCUCGAAAAGUACCGCGCCGCGAACGGCAGGGUCAUUCACGUGCUGCACCAGACGCCGGAGGGCGCCCCUAUCUUCACGCCGGGCACGCAAUUAGCGGAGGAAUUCAAGGAGCUGACGGCUAAGGCCGGCGAAACGACCAUCUGGAAGCAGUUCCCUGGGGCGUUUGAGCAGACGCCGCUGCAUGAUACGCUGCAGGGGUGGGGGAUCAAGAAGGUUGUUCUUGUGGGGUAUAUGGCGCAUGUGUGCGUGUCGACUACUGCACGUGAAGCGAUGCAGAAGGGGUAUGAGGUUGUGUUGGUGGAGGAUGCUAUUGGCGACCGCGAUAUUCCGGGCGUGAAGGGUGAGGAGGUGACGAGGGUUGCGUUGGCGGAGUUGGCGGAUGUGUUUGGCACGGUGGUGAAUAGCGCGGAGAUCAGGUGAUUGGGUUGAAAAGAUAUGGAGUAACCGUGCCCAAGCAAACAA